GCCAUCUGCUUCUAUUAAGAUUAUUGUUCUCCAAUAUGCAGUCCACCCAAGCAGCAGUUAUCACCCUAUCCUUAGGCCACGCAGCCUUCAUCACAAACCAACCCAUCCCGACUCCCCGCCACGAUGAAAUCCUCAUUCGCACUGCCGCUGUGGCCUUGAAUCCUAUUGACUGGAUGCUUCUUGGAAGCACUCCGUCGCCCAACGCAGUCAUGGGCCAUGACUAUUCCGGCACCAUUGUCGAGGUUGGACAAUCCGCCUCAGAGCAGUACAAAGUCGGAGACCGUGUAUGUGGACUCGUCAAGGGAGCAGAUAGAACCCGUCCCGAGAGCGGUACCUUCGCAGAGUAUAUCUUGGCCAAAGCGGCCGUCCAGAUACGGAUUCCCGAUGGGGUGAGUUUCGAGGAUGCAGCCACCAUGGGAGUCGGAGCAAUUGCCGCGGGGCAAUGUCUUUUUGGGCCAUCCGGUCUUAAUUUACCAUGGAAUUACCCUCCUAAGGAGAAUCACGACACAAUUUUGAUCUAUGGCGGAAGCACGGCGUCGGGAUGCUGGCUAAUUCAAGUUGCGAAACUAAAUCUAACCUCGAGCACCUAUAGAGCCGGAUACACUGUCCUAACCACCUGCUCGCCGAGAAACUUUGACCUUGUCCGCAAGUACGGCGCUGAUGCAGUUUUCGACUAUCGUGACCCCAGAUGUGCUCAGCAGAUCCGGGAGCAUACAAACAAUGCUCUGAAAAUCGUAUGUGACGCUGUGUCAACGAAGGAGUCGGUUCGCAUCUGCGAAGAAGCCAUCAGUGAUGAAGGGGGCUUGUACCAUUCCCUACUCCCUGCAGAAAUGGGUCGUGUGGAUGUGAAGUCCACUUUUGUCAAUUGCUGCACGGCUCUUGGUGAGCCGUUCGAGUACGGACCAGACUGCACGGUUAUCCCCAGGAUGCCGGCGGAGUUUGAAUUUGCCCAGAGAUGGGCCGGCAUAGUAUCCGCUCUUUGGUCUGAGGGGAAGAUUAAACCACUGGUUGUUGAUAAGCGAGCUGGAGGACUGAGAGAGGUUCUCGAUGGACUAGAGGAUUUGAAAAAAGGCGCUGUUAGCGGUAGGAAGCUGAUUUAUACGGUUUCGGACAAUUAG